AUGGCGACCGCUUCAAUUGGAGAUGAAGACAAAAGAAGCAAGUUCCUGUGUCCCUUGUGCCAGAAAGAGACAAAACUUCCUGAAGAUGGAGUUGAUGGUUUCCUCCACAACUACUUCAUAGACAGCCUCCAGGACACUGUGCUCACACCGACCAGGAAGAAGAAAUGUGGUGCCUGUGCUGCUGACGGCGAAAAUGUUGAGGCAGUAUCCAAAUGUCUCAACUGCAGUGAGUACCUAUGUAGUCCUUGUGCCAAGUAUCAUACCCGUUUCAAAAUAUCAGUGAAUCACAAGGUCUACACCUUAGAUCAGCUACACAGUGGGGAACACCAUCAAGAGCUCCAGGAAUUCCAGAGUGUCUUCUGUCCUGAACACAAAGAAGAACCCAUCAGGUAUUUCUGUCUCAAGUGCCAGAUGCCCAUUUGCCGUGACUGCAAGGUCCUCACUCAUGAUGAACACAAGUGCACAUCCCUGGAUACUGCCAUAGAAACAGUGAAGCCUAAACUGGCAUCCAUGCUGGAAAAGUUAGACGACAAGAUCAGCGUACAAGAAAACGAUUUAACUAUCCUUCAGGCUGUGCUCAGGGACCACGAUACCAAUACCAGCUCUGUGAUGAAAGACAUCUCAGACCACAGUCGGCAUCUUCAGCAACAGAUUCAGCAGCAGGAGAAAAAGCUUCUCCAAGAAGUUCAGCAAGUCAGCGAGGCUCAUAAGAAGAACAUUACCUUGUACUUGGAGAGUUGUGAGGUCACCACGUCAACCAUGAAGAGCACCUCAGAUCUAGUAGGCAGCAUCCUGUCCCGUGGUACUCCAGCUGAGAUCCUCAUUCUACAGCAGCAAGUGGGAGACAGGUUACAGGAGCUCCUGCUGCCAUUUGGUGGUGAUGAUAUACCACAACACCUCAGCCUACAGCUACAGACCAACAAUGAUGUUGACAGAGAAGUGAACAAGGGGACAGGACUUGGGAAGAUACAACAAAACAGACAAGAUAUUCAAGGUCUUAUUUCACCAAGACUAGUCAUAACACAGAAGGCACAUAUCAAAAAUAAAUCACACAUGGUUGGUCAGGUUGUUUUGAAAUGUAACUGUCCAUGUAGUCUGACCACCUGUUCCAAGCCUCAGCAAGGAUACCUGGUGGCGGAUUACAGUGAUAACAAAGUGUGCAGAUUCAGCUCAGAUUGGCAACUCAUUUUAGAGCAAACCAAAGUUCGUUUCAGGUCAGAUUGGCCACUCAUUUUAGAGCAAACCAAAGUUCGUUUCAGGCCAUUGGACAGACCCAAUGGUAUAGCAGUACUACCUGGUGGUACCAUAGUGGUCUCUGAAUAUGGCAACAACAAACUUAUCUUCAUGUCACAGGACUUAAACCUCACUAAAGAAGUGGAUAUCAAAAGUCCUGAUGGUUUGCAUGUCACCAAGUCCAAUACCAUCCUGGUUGCCCAGCCUAAACUCAAACAAGUUGGCAUUGUUAGCAUUCACGGUGCAGUAGUGGGUACCAUAAAGCACAAUGCCUUUCAGUGGCCUUGGUAUGUGACUGUUCUUAACAAUGGGAACGUUGUUGUAUCUGAUCGCAAAGCAAAGGCUGUGUUCAUUCUGAGUCCCACUGGGUCCCUCCUCCACACCUACGCUGGCUCUGGACAGAAUAAACUCUGUGAUCCAUGCAGUGUCUGUGUUGACCAGUAUGAUAACAUUAUGGUUGCUGACCGUAACACUAACAAAAUUCACAUCAUAUCAGAUGAUGGUAAUUUUGUCCAGUUCUUAGCAACAGAAGAUGAUGGACUGCAGGAUCCUCUUGGUUUAACCAUCAACCAUAAUGGUGAUUUAGCAGUGUCUCAGAGCAGAGGGAAGGUCACAGUGUUUAGGUACUUGGAUUCAGGCUAG